CUCCACAAAUCCCCAACUACCCCAAAAAUCGAUAAGGCGUUGGAUGUGGGGAAAGGGGUUGGAAAAAUGUUUGAUACAAAGUGGUGAAAGUUUAUAAAUAUCUACUAUUAAACAUUUUACAAUAAUGUAUGGUUCAGUUUACCCUAACAUACUAUAUAUUUUACUACUUAUUUAUUUCGUAGUAAAUUGUCAUGCGUCUAUUGGAGAUCGUACACAAUUCUUCCAUAAUUGUCGACAAAACUGCGAACGACAAAAUUGUAGUGCUGAUGGGAUCGAAAUUCAGGAGCAGGCGAUAAAAUAUUAUCAACAGUCUUUAUUUGAUAAGGUAUUUGCUUGGAAUUGUGCAGAUGAAUGCCAGUAUGGCUGUAUGUGGCGUACUGUGGAUGCCUUUGCAGAACGAGGUUGGGAUGUUCCACAGUUCUAUGGAAAGUGGCCAUUUGCUCGAUUUCUCGGCAUGCAAGAGCCGGCUUCGGUGUUGUUUUCCGCGUGCAAUUUAAUUGCACACAUUCGCAUGCUGCGCCGUUUUCGAACUGAAGUUCGCCCGGAUAGUCCGUGUUAUAAGCUCUGGCACAUUUUUUCAUUUGUGUGCAUUAAUGGUUGGAUAUGGUCGUCCGUGUUUCAUACAAGGGACUUUCCUGUAACAGAGUUAAUGGAUUAUGCCUUUGCGUACAGUAUUGUACUUGUAUCAUUUUAUUGCAUGGUUAUGAGAAUGUUAUAUCGUCAUUCAUUGAUUCUUCGAGGAUUGAUUUCAUUAAUGUUCCUGUCGUUUUUCGUCAAUUACUUUGCGUACCUAAGCUUGGGAAAAUUUAGUUACUCUCUUAAUAUGACAACGAAUGUUGUUACUGGCGCCCUCUCUGCUGUUGGCUGGUUUAUUUGGUGUUACUUUGAACGUCAUCGUCGGCCAAACUAUCGAAAAAUUAUCCGCUUCUAUAUAUUAUUUGGUAUGUCAAUGAGCUUAGAACUUUUGGAUUUCCCGCCCAUUUUUUGGCUCAUUGAUGCACAUGCUUUGUGGCAUUUAGCUACGGUACCGAUAAUUUCAGUGUUUUAUGAUUUCAUCAUUGACGAUUGCCGUUCAUUAAGGAAGGAAAUACAAUUUGAGUACGAAAAGGUCGGCAAAGUGAACUAAGACUUUCAGUAAUUUUGUGACUAUGAUGAACUUAUGAUUAAUUAGCAAAUUUUAUUCACCUAAUAUAAGAAACAAAGUCGUGUAAUGUUUUAUUCUAAUUAAAAUGUAUUAUUAUUUAAAAAUAA